AAGCGAGCGGGUCCUUUAAAGCCAGCCAAGUUCUGCGCUCCACUUUGAAGUCCCGGGCAUCUUGGCCGGAGAAGCUGCGGGGCAAAAGCGGAGCGACGCCGGAGUGAAGCCGUUUUGGGCGCCGGGCGAGCGAAAUCCCAGAGCAGGUCGGAGAUCCGCGCUUCGAUUUCUAGCCCGGUGUUUCAACGUGGGCUGUGGGUGAACCCACGCGUGUCCUUCUCCUGCAAAUCCCUGCCUUUCGUUUCCACGCGAUCCGGUCGCUUUUUGACCAUCACAUUUAGGAAGAUGACGUCUGCAUUGAUCAGAAGCCGAAACAUGGUCUCCGUCCCAGAAAUCCUGAUCUGCGCUGCUGUUUUCUGCCUCCUGCUGCUGCUCCUCAAACUCCGGCAACGGAUCCCAGCGGGGUUGAAGAAGCUACGAGGGCCGAGGGGCUAUCCCUUUAUCGGAAACAUCUUCGACCUGGGGAAAAACCCUCACCUGGCUUUGACCCGGCUGAGCCAGAAGUACGGAGACGUCAUGCUCAUUCAUCUUGGCGCAAGGCCUGUGGUGGUGCUGAGCGGGUCGGAAACCAUCAAGCAAGCCCUAGUGAAGCAAGGGAGCGACUUCACGGGACGCCCCGAUCUCUACAGCUUCAAGUUCAUCGGCGAGGGCCAAACCUUCACCUUCGGUAGGAAUUCUGAGGAAAAUUGGCGCACUCGCCGAAAGCUGGCUCAGAACGCUCUCAAGACCUUCGCGGGCUCAACCAGCCCAAACUCCUCGACUUCCCUGCUGGAAGAGCACGUCUCCAAAGAAGCAGACUACCUGGUCCUCAAAUUCCUGGAUCUGAUGAAAGAGAAGGAGAGUUUCGAGCCCUUCCAGUACGUGGUCAUCUCCGUCGUCAACGUCAUCUGCGCCAUGUGUUUCGGGAAGCGUUACGACCACGAGGAUCAAGAACUUCUGAAGAUAGUGGACAUCAACAAUGAUUUCGGUCUGGUGGCCGCCUCUGGGAAUCCGGCGGAUUUCUUCCCCAUCCUCCAAUAUCUUCCCAGCCGCAGCAUGGAAGCCUUCAAAGAUCUCAACCGGAGAUUCAACGGGCUGAUGAAGAAGCUGGUGGAAGAACAUUAUGAGGGCUUUGACAAGAAUAACAUCCGAGAUAUCACGGACUCCCUCAUCAGCGUCUGCCAGGAUAAAAAAACGAACUUAAAUGCCGACAGUGAUCUUAAGGACCAGAACAUUGUUGGUAUCGUCAACGAACUCUUUGGAGCUGGAUUUGAUACCGUCACUACUGCUCUGUCCUGGUGCCUUCUGUAUCUCGUGACUUACCCAGAAAUCCAGAGGAGAAUUCAAGAAGAGCUAGACCAAAUCAUUGGAAGAGAAAGGACCCCCAAGCAAUCCGACCGUGCCAUGCUCCCUUACUCUGAAGCGUUUAUGUACGAGAUGUUCAGGCAUUCGUCCUUCAUUCCUUUCACAAUCCCACACUGCACCACUAGGGACACAGCACUGAAUGGCUUCUACAUUCCAAACGAUACCUGUGUGUUUGUGAACCAAUGGCAGGUCAACCAUGAUCCGAAACUUUGGAACGAGCCUUCUGUUUUCAACCCGGACCGAUUCCUUACGACCGAUGGGACAGGAAUAAACCGGGCAGAGUGUGAAAAAGUGUUGACUUUUAGCUUGGGCAGAAGGCAGUGCAUUGGACAGAGCAUUGCAAAAUGGGAGGUGUUCUUGUUUCUGACCACUUUGGUGCAAAAACUAGAAUUCACUCUGUCUGACACAGAGAUGAUGGAUGCAACCCCCCAGUAUGGCCUGACCAUGAAAUACAAGAAAUGCGAACACUUCCGGGUCAAACCCCGUUUCUAGCACGGGAAAUCCGGAAAGAACAGAGUGUGACCUCUUGUCCAGGAAUGGGGACGAAGGGUUAGUUGUUCUGUUGUUUGGAGCGGCUCAGCCAUCCACAAUGAUGUUACUAGCUUGUUGCAAAAUAUAUAUAUAUAUAUAUAUGGGGAAUUUCUAUCUCGGGGAUAAUCUCAUAAGGUCUUUUAUUAACACGGAACAUGCUUUGAAUUGUCUCGGAACGUAAAUUGAUCUAAAGAGGCGCUGAAUUUAAACCUUGAAUAAUCCCAUGUAUUUGUGAUGGACAGUUCACACUGAAUGGAAGUGUUUUUUUUCCAAAUGUGAAGUUAUUUCAUGAGGUUCUUGUCACAGGUGUAAAACUAUAGCAGCCGAGAAGCACAAUGAUGAAUUGUUACAGUUGGGAGGGCUUGCCGAAAAGCCACCCUGAGACAUUUCUAAAAUCCCGCGCUGGUAUCGCAACGCGGACAGGAUAUCCACGUAUAUUAUACAGCAACGUUUUUGUACAUCAAAGGCAGAGUCCUUCAGACUCAUCAUCCAUGUGCAAGAGGAAUGUUAUCAAUACGUCUAGGUACACCAAAGUAGGUGGCCAUCCCUAUGGGCAAACCCCAGUUCCCCUUCUAAGAUGCUCAGCUGUACGAAAUAAAGAAGGUUUUCGUUUUGUUUUUUUGCAAGGGGUAGAAUCUGGAACGUUGCAAAUAACAGGGAUAGAAGCAGGAACUAAAUCUUUGCAAGAGGACAGAGAUGCAACCUGGAUCUAGAUAUUUGCAAGAGAACAGGGUGGGGUGAAACUAGAUCUUUGCAAAGUGACAUGGGAGGGAUCUAGAGCUAGAUCUUGGCAAGAGGAUAGGGAUGAUCUGGUCUAGAUCUGCAAGGAAAUGGGGAUGGGAUCUAAAUCAGGGGUCUCCAACCUUGGCAACUUUAAGACUUGUGGACUUCAACUCCCAGAAUUCCUCCCAGAGUUGAAGUCCACAAGUCUUAAAGUUGCCACGGUUGGAGACCCCUGAUUUAAAUCGCUGCAAGAUUACCGGAAAGGAAUCGAUCUAGAAAAUAGGCAUGGUGGGGCUACCUAAAACCUAUCAUAAUUUGUUUUCACUGGCCGCUUGUAUCAUGACUUUGAACUAGCCGCUAUCUCUUAUCUUAAUCUACCUCGCAGGCUUUCUUGUAGAAGAAAUUGCGGAAAAUAGUACGUAUGUAUAUACUCCUUGGCAUUCUUUAGGGGAAAACUGAAAUUAAAAUAGGACAAAAAUGAACUCAACAUAGGCAUUUUAAGUCUGAUGCCUAGGGAAUUAUGCUUGAUAAAGGUGCUUUGAAUUAUUAAAUGCACUUUAUGUGACAAUUAUCUGCCUUAAGAGCCACCGAUUCUGCUGAAGUAUGUGUCAAAUUCUAGCGUAGAGAUUAAAAUUUGGAUGACCCAGAAGGUCUCUAUUAAGUAUUGUAAUAAUAUAUAUUGUAAAAAUAAAAAUGGCUUUUUAAGAGGUG